GGUAAUCUUUCUGCAUUCCUGUGGGGGAGGCAGGGGCGUGUUCAGGCCCGUCGUGAAGAGUGUUGCAAACUUAAUGUCAAUGAGGAAGUGGCUGUGACAGGUGGAGGAGGGCAGGCGAAGGUGUGGCCUGGUGCACAGCAACACACGAGCAUGCAGGCAAAAACUAUAAAGCCUGAUCCAGACUGUCAUCGGCACUCUGUCACAGUGACUGUCCACACUGGGACAAUGACACACACACUCCUACUGCGGCUCUUCAUCCUCACUGCCUCACUCAAGCUGUCAGUCAGUCUUGGCCCUGUUCUCGAUGGCGUGACACAUUAUGAGGUGGUUCGACCCGCCAGACUUCACACAGUCAGAAAAAGAAGCGCAGAGCACUCAAGACCAGACAUUAUGAAGUAUGGGAUGAAAGUUGGAGAGAAAGACAUUGAAAUGCAUCUAGAGAAGAAUAAUGAAUUUCUGACUACAGACUACAGUGAGACUCACUACCUAGAAGAUGGCACACCAGUGACCACGACUCCUGAUAUUGAUCACUGCUACUAUCACGGCACGAUUGUGAACGAUAGUGAAUCAACGGUCAGCAUCAGCACUUGUGAUGGACUCAGGGGAUAUUUCAAAACGUCUGCCCAGAGCUACCUGAUCGAGCCUCUGUCCGGUGAGGAUGAGGGGGAUCAUGCAGUGUUUAAAUACGACGAGCACAAGAACAAGCCCAUGGUGUGCGGGGUCACCAACACAACCUGGAGCAGCGACUUUGAACCCCCAACCAGCCGCAGUCGCUCCAGAUCCUCGGGUCCCUCUCUUUUCCAGCGGCAGAAGUACCUUGAGCUCUAUCUUGUUGCUGAUAACCGUGAGUACCUGAAGUGGAACAAAGACCAGACGGAGCUGAGGAAGAGGAUAUUUGAGGUUGUUAACUUUGUAAACAUGGUGUACAAGCCCCUGAACACCUUCAUCGCCCUGGUGGGGCUGGACGUCUGGUCCAGCAGAGACUUGAUCUCAGUGACCGCCCCGGCUGGGGCUUCACUUGAUGCCUUCAGGACUUGGAGGAACUCUGAGCUGGUCAAGAGGAAGAAGCAUGACAUCGCACAUCUCAUCUCAGGUAUUGACUUUGAGGGAGCAACAGUGGGACUGGCUUACGUUGCGACUGCUUGCUCAGGUCACUCUGUUGGGGUAGUGCAGGAUCACAACGACCAGGCCAUUGCAAUCGGAGCCACACUGGCCCAUGAGAUGGGCCAUAACCUGGGCAUGAGCCAUGACGCCAGUGACUGUGUUUGUUCUGGUGAUAGCUGCAUUAUGUCGGCAUCCCUCAGCUGGGUCAUCCCCAAGUCCUUCAGUAGCUGCAGCAGUAACAACUAUGAGCAGUACCUGACGUCUCGGAGUCCCGGCUGCAUGCUGGACAAACCAGACUACAACGAUGUGGUGGCUCCUGCAUACUGUGGGAAUGGCUUUCUGGAGAGAGGAGAGGAAUGUGACUGUGGCUCUGUGGAGGACUGCAUCAACCCAUGUUGCAAUGCAACAACCUGUAAACUGACCGCUGGUUCACAGUGUGCUGCAGGAGAGUGCUGUGAGAACUGUAAGAUACUGCCUUGGUCCAGAGAGUGCCGUAGGAAGCAGGAUGACUGCGAUCUGGCAGAGUACUGUGAUGGGACGAGCGCCAACUGUCCAGAAGAUGUCUUUGCUGUGAAUGGCCUCCCGUGCGAUGGAGGAAAGGGCUACUGCUAUGACGGCCUGUGUCCUCAGAGGGCCGACCAGUGCAUCAGGAUGUAUGGGCCCAAUGCUGAGGUGGGCAGUGACCACUGCUUCAACCAGAACACCCGAGGUACCUACUAUGCCUACUGCAAACGGCCCCAAAAUGACAAGUACAUCCCUUGCCAAAAAGAAGAUGUGAAUUGCGGGAAGCUCUUUUGCAGCAAGGGUAAUGAAAACCCAAAUUAUGGUCGCAUGGUCAGGUUUGGUGAGUGCAAGGCAGCUUUCUUCGGGGACAUAGCCAGCGACAGGGGCCAGGUGGACACUGGGACUAAAUGUGGAGACGGAAAGGUAUGCAGCCAGAACGAGUGCAUGGAUCUGCUGAGCGCCUACAAAUCACCUAACUGUUCAGCAAACUGCCCAGGGCAUGGUGUGUGCAAUCACAGAAGUGAGUGUCAGUGUGAACCUGGGUGGAAGCCUCCUCACUGUGAUACGGAGGAUGGAAGUGGCCUUUCCACGGAGGCUAUUGCAGGCAUCUCAGCCGUCACUGUACUGCUCGUACUGGGCGCCAUUGCUGGGACUGUAGCAUACAUCUGGAAAAAACGACAAGGCCCUGGACUGCCAACUGCACACACACAAAAGAAGCAGCAUGCCUUGGACAACCCCACUUACCACCCCACCCCCCCCAUUCAACACGUUCCAGUGACACAGGUGGUAAGAACAAAGCCCAAAGGAGCUCCACCUCCACCACCUCCAGCAGGGAACAGGCCUAAACCCCCCAUCCAGAGCUACACAGCUGCACGCCAGGCUCUGAGACCAGUACCUCCACCAAAGGUCUGAUACCUGACACAGUGCCACCUACAGGAAAAACAAGGAAGAUUCUCAGCUGUGUCCUCAUCCCCCAGUGUUGCUCUGUUGGCGACCCAGCACAGAGUAACUUUACAGGCAGGCAUUCACUCAAGACCUUUUUUGUUCCUGAGAGAAUGAGAUGAGCAAACUGAAUAACUUUGGGUUGAAGCGACGCACUGAGGACUUUGUGUUACAUGGAUGUAAUGUUUUCUAAAAGGGCACUUUUUGAUACUGAAGGGUCAUGAGUUUCGCUGGAAAAAGCUCUGGCCUUAAAUAUGAGCCAUUUCAUUUUAUACGUUUUAUUUAUGUUUCUUGGACAUGAUACAAAAUACCAUGUACAUAUAUAUUGA